AUGAAGAAGCUGUUGGUGGCCGAGGAAGGCGAAGGUCGAGUGAUCAGUCAAGAUGAAGAAGGCUGUCGACCCAUUGUCAAGAUGAAGCGUAUGCAAUUGUCUGCUUCGGAGAUGGAGGAAUGGCAGAAACCUCUGUCGUCCGAAGAUUUUGCUGAGGAAGAUACUGAGGGUUGGAUCAAGUGUGACUUCUUAUUUUGCACAAUGAAACGUUACAAGAUGCGAGAACGGCUAAUGAGAGAGAAGAGGUUGAAACAGAAUACCCUGUCCCACCCAAUCGACGUCUACUCCAGGACUGAUGCUGCUGCUAAUGAGAAGCAGGAAAAUUCGAAGGGUGGGCCAAAAUCGAAACAAUCUAGGGGAUGCGUCAGAGCGAAGAAAAAGGCCAGCGACGUCUUUGAGAUGCAAUCAGUACGACUGAUCGACGAAGAACGCCAGGAGCCUACACAAACCAUGAUAAAGAGGCCAAGGAAGGCAGCUGUCAGGCCGCCCGAGCCAGACAGGGAGAUCCCUCAGGACGUCAAGAACAAGAUUAUUGAGGGCCUGGGAGGGAGCGAGAUUCUCUUUGUGUGCGAGAAGCAUCUCACCAAGAGCGAUUGUGACCGGAAUGAACACCGUCUCAUGAUGACCGAGAAAAUGAUCAGCUGGUUGCCCUCGUUCUUGAGUGAUGACGAGAAAGAAUUCCUCAAGAUUCGUGGUGAGAAGAAUAAAUUGAACGAGAUACCAGUCGAGAUGCUGGAGCCCACGCUCAACACUUGCAGACUGGCACUUAGGAGGUGGGAGAUGAAGAAGCCUGGGAAGUCCUCCUCCGUCGCGUUCGUGCUCGCAGACGGGUGGAAUGAUGUGGUGGCGCGGAAUGGCCUCAACGUGGGGGAUCAUGUCGAGGUGUGGUCGUUUCGGCGCCUGUCGCAGCUCUGUCUUGCUCUGAUCACAACGCGUAAUUAA